CCCCAUCCUUCCCUCCUUCCUUCCCUCCCUCUUUCGUCGCUCUCCGCCCAUCUGAGUAUUGGCAGUGUGCGGCGCAAGGCGCACAGCGUGGACUUGGAGAUGUCUUGGUAGCAUUACGCACGACAUGAUCAACGCGAAAGCCUCCCUUUAAACGGGUAGGACACUUUGAAGCUGAACUGAACGUACUUUCCAACUUUUAAUUUUGGAAACACUUCUCUCGCAGCCUCUUAAAGACGUUUUUCUUUUCGGAUGAGACUCGGAUCUUCACUUCGCAGCAGCACCAACAGCAGCAACAACAGCAGUGAGUCUGGAUGACUUCUCUUGUCCUCUGGUCACGGUGACUAUCGAGGAAUGGAAACCAUGUAAACAGCUGGGGGAGAAAACAAACACUACAGAGCAACAGUUUUUUUUAAAGAGAGCCCAGAAAGAGAGGAUGAUCCCGCCGGCCAACAUGAUUCAGGACCAAAGUGGGGGCAAAGAGGACGAACGGGACCAGAAUGAGACACCAGAAUCCCCGACGGCGAGAGCCAGUCAGCAGGAAACCAAGAAUACUGUGAGGCCUGAACAUCAGAAGCGCAAGCUGCAGAAACUCAAGCGCUCCUUGUCCUUCAAGACCAAGAGCAUCCGCAGCAAGAGUGCCGACAACUUCUUCCGAACCAGCAGCGACAACAAGACGGAGCUGCUGUCUGACGUGAGCAGCAGCACGGGCCAUCUCUGCAACAUCGGGAUGGCCCCGCCGCACACCACCAACCUCCCCAUCCCUCCGGUUCCUCCGGCCAUCCCGUGUGCUCCUCCUCCGACGUCGCGCUCCCAGUCACGCAACCCUCUGCAGGUGGACUCGGCGGGACACUGCUUCAUGGAGCACAUCUUCAAGAAGCCCACGUUCUGCGAUGUCUGCAACCACAUGAUCGUAGGUACCACAGCCAAGCACGUGGUGUUUUUGGCGGGGAACACGGCGAAGCACGGCCUGCGCUGCAAAGCCUGUAAGAUGAGCCUCCAUCACAAAUGUGAGAACGGAGUUGGACAGCAGCGCUGCAUGGGAAAACUGCCAAAAGGCUUUCGGCGGUACUACAGCUCCCCAUUACUGAUCCAGGAACAGUAUGGCUGCAUCAAAGAAGUCAUGCCCAUCGCAUGCGGCAAUAAGGUGGACCCUGUUUAUGAAGCCUUGAGGUUUGGGACGUCGUUGGCGCAAAAGGCUAAGAGGGCCAGUGGCUCCGAGUCUCCACACAGAAACUCGACCACUGACUUGGAUAAGGUUCCAGAGGAAGUGGUGGCUCACAGCAGCAGGCAGGAGCUGUCGAGAAAACACAGCGAUGAUGUUUUCACAGUUCUGGAGAACGGGAUGGAGCAUUACCACCAGCCAGAGAGAAAACCUGACGAUUCCCCGCUGGAGCAGAGCCAGCUACAGAAAGAUGUCCUCAAGCUCAACACCUAUGUGGCCUUGUUCAGUUUCACUCCCCAAGACAGCCAUGACCUGGAGAUGAGUGCGGGAGACAGAAUCUUACUGGCUGAUGACACCAAUGAUGACUGGUGGAAGGGGGUAAUUGAGGACAGGAUGGGUUUCUUUCCAGCAGCCUUCGCUCAUCAGGUGCGGGCUGGGGACCAAGUGUUUAGGUGUAACAGGACGUUUAUCGGUUGCAAGGAACAAGGCCAGAUCACCCUGAAGGAGGGACAGAUUUGUGUGAGCAGUGAGGGCGAACACAGCGGCUUCAUCAGAGUGGCGAGUGGAAAGAAGAGAGGCUUUGUGCCAUGUGACGUUCUGGAAAUCAUCUGAGAGAAACACUCAGAGACAUGAAGAGAGAUAGACAGGAAGAGAGAGAGAAAGAGAGAGAGAGAGAGAGGGGAGGUAGGAUCCACCGCCUGGAGGUCAGAGGAGGACAAACACUGAACCUACAAAAUGGCUACGAGAAAGCAGAAAUUGGAGCUUGGACUUCAUAAAAAUGAUGCUGCUUUUGUCACUGAGGACUCCGAUUUGUUUGCUGGUGAGAGUCUCAGAACCUUCCUCACUCCCUCUCAGUGCAAAGAGAGAGAUGCUGAGAUGACAGGCCGUUUUUUUGUUUGUUUGCAAGGAGAUUAGAUUAUCACUGGAUUUGUUUGAAUUCAUAGAACCAAUGUGUGUGUGUUUUUUUCCCCUCUUAGUUUUAUUCUGCUACAAGCUGUUUAUGUUCUGAAAGCGGAGCUGCCUAAGCAAAAGGAAACAAACACUUCUUACAAAGAUUAUUUUUCAAGGUUUUAGUACAUACAAUGGCAUGCCUCUUACAUAUAGUUUAGUUUUCUUAUGCUUUAGCAUUGCACUCCAAGUCUUUUAAUACAAAGUAGUCAACACAGAUUAUUUUUGAUGACAUAAUUCCUGACGCCAGAAAAUUAUGCACACGAUGGAUUUGAACAAAGAGCAUAUACAAUGAAAUAAGAACAUGGACUUACUUUCUUUAAAGUGUCAAAUCUCUUCUUAAGAACUUUCUGAAGGUUUCCAUGUUUCCGUCUCAUAACAGGAGAGAAACAGCAAAGCACAUCAGGUGCAACAAGAUGUGGGGGAGUACUUUCAGAGGAGUUCGACACAAUCAAAGACUUUAGAAAUUCUCACUGGUCUCCUAAAAAUAUCGGCCUUGGCUCAUUGCAAUCCAGCAUUUUCCUUAAUGGUGAUGGUCAAUACGCUGUUGUCACCACUAAAAUCAAAACUAUUUAAAUUGAAAUUGAAUUAUUUAACAAAUUUAACAUUUUUCAUUGUCUCCAAGCUGCAAAAUCUACUGGAUUUAUCUUUUAAGGCUUUAAGGCUAUUAAUUGAUUUAAUUUUCUCUGUUUUUGGUUGUAGCUUCAUUGCUAUAAAACAGAAGAGAGUGAGACAGGAUUUUUUUUAAUGAUUUUUAAUGGUCGAACCUCAUGUGAUCUUCUGAGAAUGCCCUGUGAACACAUGAUGGUGCCUUUAAGACAACUGUAAGAAAAUGAUGCAUUUCUAGUUAGCGUGUUAACUUUAAAUGUGAUCACUCUCAUGUGGCUUUCCUCUUUCUCUGCACAGAAUGCUCUGAACAGCAGUGGAGCACAUUUACGGCAAGGUGUUCCAUCAUAGUAGAUAUAGUAUAUCUCUUAAAAGGUUGUUCUGCACUGAAACUCGGCUCUAUUGAAUGUCCAAGAACAAUAUAUUGUACAUACUGUACGUACAAGAUUAAAAUUCCUUCUUUAUCACAAUAA